UAUCCUGCUCCAGACCCUGCUGAUUAGCACAUAUUAAAGUUUUAGCAUCUGUGCCUGGAAUUCCCUCUUUGCUUCAGAUGGAUGAAGCACCUGUAACCCGUUCUACCCUAAAUGUGAAUUCCCAGCAGAAGAGUAAAGCAAAGAACAAUAUUAAGAAUACACUUAAUUCAAAUGAAUUGUCAUCCAUUGAGCAGAGGAAAAAAUACCAGAAACAUCUUAAGAAGCACAAAAACACAGCAGAAGACAUCAGUGGUGAAGGGAAUUGCUCACCUCCAUGGAGGCUGCUCUCGAGUGUGCUCGGUGCCAUGUGCCUUCUCCUGAUGGCUGUAGCUAUGGUGAUGACUACUUUCACCACAAAGUCAUCUUGUGAAAGAUCAUCUUCUACUAUUCAGCAAGAAGGGCUCCAUCAUCCCUGUCCAGAGAACUGGGUCUGGUUCAGGUGCAGCUGUUAUUUCUUCUCCAAGGAAGAGCUAAUUUGGAGAGAGAGUCAGCGUGCCUGCUUGUCUCUUAACUCCAGUCUCAUAAGGAUGAACAAAGAGGAGAUGAAUUUCUUCUCUUUGAAAUCUUUCUUUUGGGUUGGAGUUUACUAUGAUGAAACUCGUAGACAGUGGCUGUGGGAAGAUCAUUCGGUUCUACCUUCUGGGCUGUUUUCUAAACUUGAAGCUAAUAUGAAAAAUUUCUGUGUGUCUUAUAAAUCAAAAGAAGUUUAUAUGGAAGAAAACUGUGCAAACAAACUGACAUAUAUUUGCAAGAAGUAG